AUGAAACGGCAGUUUCCUUACAGACAACCUUCAUUCUUUAGCUUUUACACUUCUACUUCAAUGCUUUGCUCUGCCACUGUGAGCUAUUCUGAAGCUGUCAAAGAGGAGAACUUUACCUUUUUGCUAGAAAUGGAUUCUUCUGCUGUGAUAUCGUUUAGCUCGUCGGAGUUAAGUGCAUACACUGAUGGGUUUAGUGCAAGAAAUUUUCUUGGAAAUGGAGGAUUUGGCAGUGUUUAUCUUGGAACCAUUAAUGGUGAACAAGUAGCUGUCAAGGUCUCUCGCAGAAUAGAUUCAAAAACCAGGCUUCAAUGGCAGGCUGAGAUUAAUUACUUAGCCAAUAUGAUGCAUCAAAAUAUCAUCAAGUUGAUUGGCUAUUGUAACACUCCAGAGAAAUUGUAUCUGGUUUACCCAUUUAUGCAACAUGGAAAUGUCAAGAAUAAAUUAUUAGGGACUGGGGAUUGA